UAAUAAUAAUAAUUUAGAGAAAAAGGGUUGAGUGAUAUUUCGGCGAAGCUUCCUUGGUUCGCAUCGCAGGUGGGACUGAGUGACAUCCUUACCACUUGCAGGCCAUUCAACGCUAAUAUCAAUCAAUCAAAUUACUUUGGAUUUUCUUCCCCUAAAUCACAGAUUGAUUGAUUCAUUCCCAGAUUCACACAGAAAGUGCUUGGUAGAUUAGAUUCAUCGAAAUACAUCAUACUUCUUCUGCUUCUGCUUCUGCUUCUGCUGUGGGCUCCAUCUGUAUUGUAUUAUUUCCAUCCAAAUCACAACAAUUAAUAGACUACCCUACCCUACCCUGGCUUACACUUUCACAGUAGUUAGAUAUGGGUUCUGCAUCUGCUGGGGACAAGAUGGACGCUGAUUUCGAUGAAGAGACACCUUUCAGUUCAACUUCACCUUCAUCUACAUCUGCUAAUACUUCUUCUUCUGUUAAACCACACUCUUUUCAUUUCGAUUCUUCUUCUUUACCUAAAUCAUCUUCUCCUUCUUUCUUUAAUCAUUCCCGCACUAGACUAAUCAGCAAAAGUAUAUAUAUCGUCUUAAUCAAAGCUAAGAUCAACAUCUUACUCCCCUUUGGUCCUUUUGCCAUCUUCCUACACUAUUUCUCUGGCGGAAAACAUGUUUGGGUCUUUUUCUUCGCCUUAUUGGGUAUUGCUCCUUUGGCUGAACGUCUAGGUUAUGCUACCGAGCAACUUGCUUUCUACACCGGACCAACACUUGGGGGUUUACUUAAUGCAACAUUUGGAAAUGCAACUGAAAUGAUUAUAUCUAUAUACGCUUUGAAAAGCGAUAUGAUUCGUGUUGUUCAGCAAUCUUUACUUGGUUCCAUCUUGUCCAAUAUGCUUCUUGUCCUUGGAUGUGCAUUCUUUACUGGUGGUAUUGUUCACUACAAUAAACUUCAGGUUUUCAAUAAGGCAGCUGCUGUUGUCAACUCAGGCUUGUUGUUGAUGGCUGUAAUGGGAAUACUAUUUCCAGCCGUGCUUCAUUUCACUCACUCCGAAGUUCAUCUUGGGAAGUCCGUUUUAUCUCUAUCAAGAUUUAGCAGCUGUAUAAUGCUAGUCGCCUAUGCAAGCUACCUUUACUUUCAACUUAGAAGUCAACAAAAUUUUUAUGCUCCAGUUGACCAGGAAGUAGAUACAAGUGAAAACUCUGACGAGGAGGAAGAACUUGAGUUAACUCAAUCGGAAGCGAUAAUUUGGCUUGCAAUUUUGACGGUAUGGGUAUCAGUGUUGUCUGGAUACCUUGUGGAUGCCAUAGAGGGAGCAUCUGAAUCAUUGAAUAUGUCAGUGGCUUUUAUUAGCGUCAUCUUGCUUCCAAUUGUAGGAAAUGCUGCAGAGCAUGCAAGUGCUAUCAUGUUUGCUGUAAAGGACAAGCUAGAUAUCACAAUUGGAGUUGCUGUUGGAUCAUCAACCCAGAUAUCGAUGUUUGUGAUCCCCUUCUGUGUGGUUGUUGGAUGGUGCAUGGGAAAAGAAAUGGACUUGAAUUUCCAACUCUUUGAGACUGCCACACUUUUUAUCACUGUGCUGGUAGUUGCAUUUAUGAUGCAGGAAGGAACCUCAAAUUAUUUUAAAGGCUUGAUGCUUAUUCUAUGCUAUCUUAUAGUUGCUGCCAGUUUUUUCGUACAUGUAGACCCUAAAAGUGGUGAUGACUAAAUAGAGUGCUGGCCUGGCAAUGGCAUUGGCAAUGGCAUCUGUACAUGUUGCCUUUCUAUUCCUAUAUACUUGGAAUAGUAGUAAGCAGUGUGUUUGUAAGAUUUCCCCAAAAAAAAUCUUCAGCCUGCUUUCAGCAUUCAACAUGGCAUGUGAAACCAUGAAGUGAUCAGGGGCAAUGCUCUGUACUGGAAGUUUUCAGCAUUGUAUACUAUAUUGAUUAUUGAAUUUUGAAUGGAUGGUUUAAUCUGUAUUAUUUUCCUCUCCAUAGUUUUCAUUCAUUUUAACAUAAAAUUUUAUCUUACAGCCUUUUUGGCUCUCAUAUCUCUAAUACAUCGCAUUGGAAGUAA